CAAAAACAUCUACGCGGACUGUGAGCUCGUACUUUCUAUAUUACUCGCAACUCGAAAAUUCCGUGACGAUGGACAAAACCGUGAGUUCAAAGUCCAAAGUCAGAGACACACUGGCGAGCUCAAUGCUCUCAACGGCUGUGCGAGAGAAGUCUGUCUCCGCAGACAUCCAAGUCCCCCUGAGUUCCAAUAGCACAGCCGAUAGUCAACAAGCUUCUACCUCAACCUCUGCCGGUCCAAUCGAGGCAUUCCCUCUCUUUCCAAAACUUCCGCUCGACAUUCGAUUCAUGAUUUACGACCUACUCAUCUCAAAUCCUCGAGUCAUCAAAAUUCGUAGCGGUUCCCUCUUUCGCGGCCGUCGUGGAACUUAUAUGUUAGCAGUGAAAGGUUCAGCCCCUCCCAUUAUACAAGUCAACACAGAGGCUCGAACUCUGGGCCGAAAGAAGCUGGACCAGCCUUUCAUCCAAACCCUAGGUUGCUGUGUCUAUGUCAACUUUGAAACUGACCUCCUCUACUUCGAUGAGCCAAUGGACACUCUGUUCUGGAAUAUGGCGGAUAAACUGACAACAGAAGAUGACGAGCAAGCACUUUUGCAAAUUCUCUCUUCCAAGUUGCGAUAUUGCGUGUUCCGAAUGCCUACGACAUGGCCUCCUCAACACUUGGAUAAGUUCAAGAGCCUCCAAAUUAUGAUACUUGAUACGCCGUCUCGUGUCGUCCAUAAAGAUUACAUCCAUUCUCUGAGGAAUGCCAAGGCUCGCAUCAACAAGUUGAUGUGCGAUCAGAAGGAGGCUAGUGGGGGCAAAAACACCCUGGCUGUACGUCUUACAUCUGCAAGGUUUAUCAAAAAUACACUUUCACCAAAUUGGUCAACCAUUGUCGACCUUGAGAUUCUUGAGCAGCACUGUGCGAAUUUGCGUCGUUAACGCUCUAGUUCAGACGUGAACUCUUACGGUAUUCAUUCUCUGUUGACUGACGAAAUAGCGAGAAUCUCAAGAGCUUGAUUGGGAGGAGAUUCUUUCUGUGUUUGUUGGAAAGUGGCAGGCUCUCAGAAUGGUAAUAUAACCGAGGUAUCGUGAGAAUUGAGAUAGACGUGGACACUGGCCGGGAAAGAUUCUCAGAUUUGCAGUGUGGGCUUUACUUAAACAGAACUCAUCAACCAAAGCCUCACCAACCCAUGCUUAUGGUAGUUCUCCUGUAUUGAUUAUUCUCUCGGCUUUCUCUUCCAUAUUAGCG